GAUCGCAAGCGUUGCAAGUCCAAAUCUCCCAACGACCUGCUGCGAUGUCUGUCGGAGUCUUUUUGGAAAAAGCUCGCUCGCGCGUUUUCUCUCGGCGGUGCGAGUCAUCGUCAUCGUCACGUCACGGAGGAAGAGCUGAAAAUGUCGAAGAAGGCCUUGCUGCAGCACGAGUUGAUUUUCUUGGCCAGGGCUAUGAGCUUUGCCGGUGCUGGCUGGAGCAACCUGCUGCAGAGCAAGUGGCCGGUCUUCGGCAUCCUGCGCCGGGUGCGUGAGCGACUCUUUCAGCCAGGCAUGCCAGCACAGAGCAACACCAACAGCUACUACAAGCAGCUCGAUGCGUCUGCAGACACGUCUUUGGUUCUAGCCUUGUCAAACCUCAACUCCUCGGAUGAUUGCCUUGCGGCCGUGACGGCACGUUUGCACUUGGCGCUGCUGGCGGAGGCAACGCCGGACGUGUCUGGCUUCGCACAGUCGCCGCAGGCGCAAUUGGUGGAUGCCGCCGAGCAGGAAGCGGUGCGCUGUGAUCGGAAGCUACUGCCCAGGCUACAGAGGCUUCUCACUAGUCGGGCGCCCAUCCUGAAACUGCUGCACGAGAUUUGGCAGAAGUUGCGGCCACGAGGUUGGACACAUUUGGCCGACCAAGCGUUGGCUCGAAAGCCCACGUCUCUCACGCUCAACGCUUGCUUGUGUGAAUUGGACUGGCAGUUCGAGCUCAUGAACGGGAGCCACUCGAAGAUGACUUUGGCUGCUGUGACCCCUAUGGCACGAAGGACUUCUUCUGCCGGACUCAGCCUGGGUGCUAUCAGGCCUUCGACAGCUGCUUUCCGCGCAAGCCGAAGAUCGGGGGCCCAGGCCUCGCAUCGUUGGCGGUAGCCCAAAUGGAUUUCCUGCGCCACAAACGGGGAGGUGGUGGCCACGACGACCUCUCCAAGUGCAAGCAGAUUGCUGAGGCGGUUCGAGGAAGGCCCACUGAGACUCAGGUGCUCGAUGUCGGUGCUGGCACCGCACCCUGCAAGCCCUUCAUUCGGUCCUUGGGCUACACAUACACAGCGCAGGAUGCGAUGGAAUACGCUGGCGCGGAAGGCAUGGCUGGGUCUGUGUUCCUGCAUGGCUAUGCGGACAUCGAUGUGGUGUCGGAUAUCACUGCGAUGCCUUUACCCAACAACUCCUUCGAUGUGAUCAUUUGUACUGAUGUACUGGAGCAUGUGCUUUUUCCACGAGAGGCGGUGCAUGAAAUUGGACGGCUUCUGAAGAGACUGGAGGAAUGGCCUUUUUUUCAAGUUCCUUUCGGAGGAGCCCUCCACAACUUACCGCAUCACUACUAUGCUGGUUUUACGCAUUUGUGGUUUGAGAACAUCUCGGCAGAGAUUGGACUGGACCCAGCUUGGGGGUAUCAUUUCGAGACCUUGGGCAAACGAAUCCAACGAUCCUUGCAAUCAGAGGAAUGCCUGACUGGGAUCUUCGGCGGCUCCUCCGCAGCCGCCUGGAGACAUCAUGUCGUCUCAGAUCUGCCCGCGAUACUGGAGCACUUGCGAGCCUGCCAGAGCAGCCCCGAAGGCGCUGUGGAUCAGGCGUUCCCCUCAGGGAUCCGCGCAGUGCUGGUGAAAAGUGGAGCGCGCAGUGGAGCACGCACCAUGGCCCCCCGUUCGCGCCUGGGAGCGCUGGCGGUGCUGGUGGCGCUGGCACUGGCGCCGUGCUUCAUUGCGAAUGGCAGCGGUGGAAAGGGGCCACGAGCCAUGGAACGUGGCAAGAUGCCUUCACUUCGAGCCCUGAGACUGGACAUGCCAGUUCAGGAGAUGAUCGAGCCAGUGACAGACUUUGCCGGCAACGGCACUGCGUUCGUCCUGAACUCCAAGUUGCUGUCCAACUCGGACCCCGCCGAGACGCAACGCUUCGACAUUCCCGGUUUCAGCCCUGGCUUCGUGGUUGAUGGUGUCAUCAGCACGGAAGACUGUCAGAAGGUGAUCCACAUUUCCGAGGAGAUUGGUUUCCGGACUCGCUGGAGUCAAGUAGGGGCCGUGACCUUGUUCAUGCCAGAGGACUUCUCCAACCGAAUCUUUGAGAGACUGAAGCCCUUCUUGCCCAAGCACUUUGGUGGCCGACCUAUUGGCAUCCAUCGUCGCUGGGCGGUGCUGAAGUACGAGAAGGGCCAAUAUCUGAACCCACACAUCGAUGGCCACACCCCUGGGACUGUGCACAUACCAGGAACGGGACUCCAAAAGGAUACGGGAACCCGCUCGUACAUGACCUGCCUCUUCUGGCUAAGUGAUGAAGUCGAAGGUGGUGAGACAGUGUUCACAUAUCCACAGGGUGGCAUUUGGGUGGCUAUUCCACCCAAGACGGGGGCUGCCUUGUUGUUCUUCCAUGGCCAGAAUGCAGUGAACAACCCCAUGCACUAUGGAGGCGAUGUGAAAUCUGGGGUGAAGUACUUGGUGCGCUCCGACAUUAUCUACAAACCCUAG